UGAAUAAUAAUCGUAGUUUCGGCUCGCGGGGGGGACGAUAUAGUUAGAACCUGCUAGUUGUUAAUAUAAAGUAUGGGUAGAUCGAUGGAGAUCGGUGUGACGAGGGAUCGAACGCCGGGUUUAAUGGGGAGACUAAUGCUCGUUUAGUCUAUUCGUUAUGUAUAUAUAUCAUAUUUGCUGCUGGUAUUAUGAGUUUCUUUGCGAUUGUGUUUCUAGCGCCCUGUUAAUACGUAGCGCCAUGUCGUAUCAUUACAAUUGCAGCCCUACGAAAUAGACGACGAACGGAAGAAAGCAGGUCCUGAUCGAAUGGUUUCGACAUGGUAAUGUCGAACGGUCAUGUCUACGUUAUUAAUUGCUGUUGUACAUGUUGCCGUUUCAUCUGUAGCGGCUUCUGGCACCCUAUGAGGACGUGGUCAAGGUGCUAGGGGAGAGGCGGCGAUGGGCCUGCAGUUACGAUGACGCCGACGUUUUCCAGACAAUACAUUAGUUUGGUUGCAGCUUUUGUUACUGCUGGAGCUGUAUUCACGAUCAACUGGAUAGACUCUUUGAGCUGAUUUGUAUGCCAUCCGCAUUAGGUGAGGUUCGUUUGGAAAAACGAGUGAGUCUGGCCGACGAUUUCAGCCUCUUUAGCAACUUCUGAAUAGCCAUGGCAGUCUGUAGCGGGAGAAUCGUUUUCUGUCGGACCUCGUCGGCCGAUCGGUUGGUCUUCAUCGCCGAUCGCAGCACUGUGAUCUGUUGGGUGUCAUACGAACACACGCAAUAUACUGAAAUGUACACACACAAAGAUGUGUGCAGUAACGCACACGGGAGUGGCCAGAGCUUCGCUUCGGCUCGCCAAACUUUUCCGUUAAGACUAGCGACCCGCUUAAAACGAGCACGGCUGAUGCGUAGCUUGAAAUGCAGCUGGAGCCGGCGGUGCAGGAUUCAGCUAUUUGAAUAGGUAAACGCCAGUAUGUGUACGUUAGAUGUACUUUUCUCCAUACAUAGACAUCUACUCAUCAAUCAUUUUGCUGUCUACGGCUGAACAGUUCUUCAGGAAGACCUGCUGGAAUGGUGACGGGACGGGACAAAUAGAUCGUCGGUUUGGGCCCGGCCAAAGUUCUGUAUUGCACCAUUCAUCGGUCAGCCGAAGCCAUCAAAGACAUAGUUGCUGGUCGGCAAUGGGAUCGACGGCUGGCUCGAUGACGAACUCAUCGGGUACGGACAGCGGCAGGUUGCACCAGAUUACUGCGAGAGCGCAGUGCAGUUGUGGCCAGGAAAAGUUUUACACGCAUCUAUUCAACUUUUUGGGUCAGUCAGUUUAUGAGAUAUUUGACCCCCGGCUUUCCGUUUUUUACGUACUUUGGGUGUAACUGCAUUAUAAGACCAAGACUACUGAGAAGUCCUGAUCAAAGUUUUCACGUUAACAAAACUCUCUUGUUUGCUCGUCGCAAUCUUGCUACCGUUAGAAUUGAAUAAAACCGUUGGUUGAAGUUAUUCGACGUUGUGUGAAUCGACGUCUACAACCUUUUUUAGCUUGUUUAUGAGGUGCCUUUUGUGUAUAGUAGGAGAAAGUCAGCAACAACGUCCGAACAAAGCCAAUGGAAUCCUUUGCAGCUUAUUACCGAUUCAGGUGGUUUAGGCUGCCGAGCGAUUGGCUGCAGGUAGCUAUAGAGGCUUAACAACAUGGACGAGAGUUGCUGCUGGUAUUAAUGUUGCUAUUGUUGACAACAGCUUUGCCCGAUAGGUCCUCUCAUGCCGCUGUCUUCAAUGCUGUUCUGCCGUGUUAUUGAUGCAUUGGGCGCUCUUAAAACUGGCGCGAAAUUCUGAAUUAAUUCGCAGUUAUUAAUUAGGAGAAAGAGCUGACAGGAUUCAACUUCGUUGUCUACCUUAUGCACGACGUGUUUCGAUCGGCCAUGGCCAGCUAAAGCGUUUCAGCCGUCGGUGCAGCGACGACGGUCAUUUUUUGUUCUGUCCGUUCACAAAGAUACUCGCCUCGAGCUCACCGGCCUGAGUCAGGUAACCAACUUGCUUAAGGUGCGGUAGACCGGAGUAUGAUGGGCUAUCGGAAGAGGAUAAUGAGGAAAAUCCGACUAUGGACAAGUCGUUGUUUACCGCAACUGACAACAAUGAAGUUGCGAUUAGGCAGGCCGCAGACACAGGCAGAUACACAGAAUUAUAUCAGCAUUAAUAAAUGACUAGUACUGCCUUGUGCUGCUGCUGCUGCCGCUGCCGGAAUAUGAACAUGAAAAAGACGAAGAUGCUCUAGCGUCCCUUUAUCGUCAGUAGCACUGUCGAAACAGCGGCAUCUUCGACAGGGCCGGCUUGCAGUUGUCCUGGCAGUGGCGAUGGAGCCAGUGCAGGUGCAGCUAUUGCCGCGUCGCUUCGGCGUGUACUUCGUCCACAGCGCAAACCGACGUCUAUUCAAAAAUCUCGCACCGCACAUUGGCAGCCGCUGUUGACUUCAGUUCCUGAUCGUCCAUCGGCCACCGCCGGACUGUGCAAUGCGACGGUUGGACGCUGCAGUGCAAAAAGCCGAUCGACGAGACGAUACGCACCACUGCAACAAUGACCGGUCAUAUAACGAAGCCGUGCCCUAUCCUUCACAACGACGACAUCAUUCAACGAUGUGCUUCGGCUCGACAAUGUUUUCGUCGACCGUGCGUUGAAAACAGAAGACGCCUUCCCGUCUGGCCUUUAUUUUCUGUUGCUUGGCUAAAACUCUGCACGUCUUGGUACGUACACACACACACACACACACAUACCCGUACGCAUGUGCAGAGUCGCGUACGCUCUCCGCUCACGCAUGUUUCUUUUCUCUACGCACUUUCUUUUUCUCUGUUACGGCGACCCGCUCCGAGGAUCUUGCGCCGUCGCUUUACACCCUUCGUCCGUCGUGUUUCCCGUUAAUGAGCAGAAUUCUUCGGUGGCAGCAAACACAACAACGAUGACAGCAGCGGUUUUUCUUCGUAUUAAACAUAGUUGGUUGGCUACGUAAUCUACCGGAGUGGUGUGACGCGACGCAAUGCCACUCAGUCUCAUUCUCUUAUUGCGUCCACUCGGAUCGAUGCUAUUUUGUUGCGGUAAAAGCCGCAACUACUCUCGCUUCGAGAGAUUUUUCGGUAAUCUACCAAAAAUCGAAAACAGCUGAAUAUCAUCCUAGCGCUGUCGAAUACGGUAGCAGAGGGCAGAGCGACCGUCAGCUUUGCCUCUUUCUGUAUCGGAGCGCGUAGUGAACGUUUAGCAGCGAUAUCUGUGUAGCCCGAUAUGGACGGGCAGCAUCCUGUACAGCGUUCCGUGCUAUUGCCAGCUAGUGAAUAUUUGUCCCAUUCUUCGGGAGAUAGAGACUGUACACCUUUGUAUUUUUUCGUUGUCGACAUCGUGUACACGUUAUCGAUAGCGGCCGAAUGAUUCGUCUGCAUUUGAUAUCAUAGACGCGAACAAUGACGGCCGGCAGCGACACUACGUUUCGGUACGAAUGAUGUGGCUAAGCAAAUCGGAGUGCUACCUGAUCAAAAAACAAUUCAACGUAGCAAUCGAUGUCAAAUGCCGUGAAACCAUGACGAGAAAAUUGACGGACAAUUAAUAACGAAUAAUAGUUACGCCUGGCCAGCUAUAAUCACCAUUUCCGUGCGGAGAGAUAUUGUACCUUUAUUGAUCAUCAGCAUGCUUCUUAGCGUAGGCUAACUGUUCGAUGAUAUUCUGACUCUAUAUAUGGUCCACCAUUCAGUGUGUGUUUAGCUUAGCUCAGCGUUCGUCCUACGUAACUUUGAAUAAAGUUAACGCCUAGCAUAAAUGGCUAGAGAUUUACCUUAGAAGGUGAUCGUAUUUUUUUUCUGAGAAACGUUCGAUAGUUUAGCGAGCACGUACCACAAAACAGUUUUUCAAUGAUACCACAUGAGCAGCAUCAGCCAUGACAGUCGUCAUAGUCGGAUAUAGGCUCUGGUGGUAGCAGUCCUAUUUAAUCGAUCGCAUUAAUAAAACAUCGAUGGACGGAAACUAAUGGUGUGACUCUUGCUUUGCCCAAUGCCCUUUAGUUUUUCUUGCACUCCCUGUUGCUCACCGCUGUUAACUGCUUGUUACGUCGCUCCUUUUUUUCCGAACGUGUCGUUUGUGCUCCUGACUCUAUUUUUCGCGACUUUGCUCCGUGGUUUUGCCCGCUGUUGUUCAUGUACACGAUGCUGUCGAUGUGAACAGCAUCGGCAUUCACCGUAAUAGCAGCUGCCGAUAUGACGCAGACGUAGGCGUGGGUCGUUGUCAUUGACGGCUGGUUGUGGACAUCGUCAUGACGAUCCAUCACAAAGGUGCGAGGGAGCAAGACUUGCCAAUGUCUGUCAACAUUAGAGCCGUUCGUGCUUGACUGCCAUACACUGUCACCGCCGAUUCCUGCCGCAGGUUAUCGUGGCGGCAGUAGGCCGACGCGACGUGGAUGCGAGUCUCCCUUCUCGCUGACGACGGAUCCUUACAAACAAAUUGUCAUCGUAAAGAAAAAGAGGCAAAGGGCGACGACUGGAGCAGUAGUGGAAGGGCAAUGGUUGUAACUGAACAACGUCGAGUUUCUUGCGAGUAGCGACGCAAGAGGUCGAACGGGCAGAGGGACCGAGCUGGACACCUCUGAUACUGCGGUUGUCUCAACGCUAUAACUAACCGGUUCGAUGAUUCGCUCCACAGUCCGCCUUUUCUUCUACAUAUACGAUCGCAACUGUUUGGUUAUAUUGCCGUUUCUGCUCUUCUGAAUCGUAGCUGAAAUAAGUUAAUCGACACACACACACACACACCGGAAGCGUUGUUGCGGCGGAAAUGGUGCCGGUAGUAACAGAAGGACGCGUCUUGAAGUGUCGCGUGUUACGGUCUUGAUGUUGCAGUAUUCUAUUAUCAGGUUCUAACUCGCAUACAGAGACUUGUACUCGGUUUCGUUGAACCAUUGUUUCACUGAGUAAUGGAAGGCGUAAGCGCAAAAGUCCGCAUUUGGAAAAGGAACCGCACCUUCAGGCUAUUUAAUCAAUCUGAUGGGUAGUGAGCAUACGAAUGGCAACAAAUGGACAGACCAUCUGAAGAGGUUGCUCCCCGAAGAAGGUCCCAGGUACUCACGCCGAUCCCCGCUGUCUGCUGGUGUGUGAUCUGCGCAUGCAUUGGUGCCUGUUGUUGGUUGAACAGCACCGACAAGCGGCCUUAGCGGCGAUGGCAGCGUCGGCCAACUCUCUCAUUUGCGUAUGCAUGGGCACAUUCGCUGAGGCAAGCCCGCACAUUAAGGUAGAUGUACAACUGGCCCGCGUUUUGUCGCUCUUUACAAGUUGAUACGAAUGAACUGUAGACUGCAAAUCGAGUGCACGAGCCGCGGAAGGUACCCCGACUUCUCUGUCCGUCGCACUAGUUUUCUCAACUAUGAGCUGGACAGAGCGGAGUAAAGGCCCGCCUAAAUACAUCUGUUAAUAUAUAUGAAAUGUCUAUUACGAAUGCAGUGGAACGUGGAAGAACAAAGGCGAUUCUAUGCGACAGAUCUAUACGUAUAUGCGGAACGCGUUUUCGCCAGACUGUAUUUAUUACGUUUACUUGGGUGUAUUUGUGUGUGAAUAUGUGUUAAUACUUACCUUCAAUGCGUAUAGACUAUCCAGUAGGGUAUUAAGACGCAUUGCGCAUCUUCACCGAUAAGCUGUUUUCGUUGCUGACCGACAACAACGCGGAACGUUUUUUCCGACAGCAUUCCUUCAAGGGUCGCAGCGACCCAAAGCGCCGCAAGGUGAACAGGGCGCCUAUAAAGGAAUACAAAUAAUUGCAAGGGUUUUGUAAUUGCGCUUAAAAAUCAUCAAACAAGUGCUACCAUAACUAAUACUAAGAGCUAAAAAGCUAUUUCUACAGAGUGGUGUUGAAUAAGAGAAUGAAUACAGAUUAGAGCGAAAAAGGCGCUUGUUCAAGGCGGCGGCGAAUCCUCGUCUCAGUGCAUUAGGGCGCAAAGAACGCGGAUCGUUCUGGCCUAGCAAUUAAGCUAAGCCCGCCUAUAUUUUGUGGUGCAGUACAUACGGGACCUGAUAGAAAAUUGAUGACAACCGGCAGGAUAGGCGACCUAACUCCGGAGGAGGAACCGGGCAAGCUAAACGGCUGGUGAGGAACAUGACAGUAUCGAAACGGAUUCGGUAAAUGAGAGCUUAUGGAUGAGAAACAAGACGGUAGCUAUGGCUAUGAAAGUGGCGGAAGGCUCAAGAAAAUGGGGUAGUAAUAUUAUAAAAAGGACGGUAAUUUUUUUCUGCUUUGUUCCGUCAGUGAAUGUUGAUCGGACGACAGGCCGGCAUCGGUUGGCUGUUGGGUGUAUGAUGUCCUAAUUCUGCUGUUUUUGGCGAAACCUUCAGGGAAAACAGACUGACGGACUUGUUAAACUAUUGCUACUGCCGUUGCUGUGGCUGCUCCAGCAGCAGCACUAGAAGCGUGUUUUUCUGCCAAAAUAAGCGAAGGUAAAAAGAAAAAGAAAAAAGAAGGGUAAAUGCAUGAGGGCCGAUGCGAUCAGGAGGUAAGGGUGGUGGGUAUAAUGGAUCAGAGGCCGGUCGGAUUUCGGGCGUGGUCAACACAAGCGGCAGGUGUUCUUGGGCUCAAUUUAAAAUUGGUCCGUUGUCGGUUGCGCAGCAGGGCACAGCAGCCAUAGUGGCAGCCGCCCCAACGACAGCGACGAAAAUUGAGGUGUCGGCGGAAGCUACUGCUGCUGCUACAGCGGCUUGAAUCUCGAAAGGCGCCAGCAGUAAUAACGCAGGUAAGAAAGAAAUCGCACUCGUGCUAGCCGUCUUACGAAGAGGGCGAUAUAUGAAAGCAUCUAGAGGAAAAGAAAGAAGUUAGCUUGGAAUUAAUCAGUGGCUUACCAGAGGAUCAAGGUGCGCUGCCGGGGCAGCCUGGCUGUAGGCAGCAGCGGUUUUCACUGCUUCGACGGCUGCUGCAAAUUAAUUGACAUGUAUGUGCGACGCAUGCCAUAGCGCUCUCACUUACUCUACCUCGCUGACUCGAUGUGAGAAGGUCCUUUUCACCCUCGUGUGGGGGGCAAACGAGUAAACGGGCCAACACUGAACGAGCCGUGUCGAUGCUUCUGCCAAAGGUUGUCUUCUGUAUUCUCGCUCUUUACCUUCUCUUUCGUUCGCUACUAGUUCGUUAGAAUGCGUUUUUGUACAGACGGUCGAACCGAAGCUGCAUUCACCGCGAUGUUCGUCCAGGUUCUCUAAUCUCUGUUUAAGCUCCCUCUCGCCAUUCGCUUUCCCUCGGCUUCGCUUUUUGGCUCUCGCUUAGUACUAAAGCUUCCAAAGUUCAGAGUUUGUCCUGCAGUUAGGUCUGCUCUUGUCCGUUCUAUCUUCUGCUGUUGGGCGGCACCGAAUGAAGUCGUGUGAUGGGCGGGGUGCAACCUGGCCCAGGUCCUAGUUCAGGCCCGUCGACAGCAUGACGACGAAUGAUCGGUUAUAUUCAGUUAUCCCGUGUCAUGUCGGUACAGGGGUAGAUCCAUCGCUAACAACAAUGGGUUCAUUGGGUACCCUCGGUGGACUAGGUGUUCAACCUGGUCACCCGGGCCAUCCGCAUAUCUAUCACACACUCGGACGGCCGGUUCCACCAGUGCCCCAAUCGAAACGCAAGACGCGGCUUAAACCCAUCCUAAUCGUCGUUUGUGCAACGUUUUUUGUCAUCGCCGCCAUUUCAAUUGCGCUUGUCGCCUCACUAUCCGGUAUUGCCCAAAAUCAGGAAAAGUCUUCACGAUCGGUAACACCGAUACAGACGGUGGGCUCUUCGAGUCGGUUUCACUACCAAGCGCCUGCGGAAACGCAGGAUGUCGAUGUUGAAUCGAUGGCUCUGCCGCCGUCGCACCUUCAACAAGCAUCAAACGUUGUGGAUGCCAAUUUUCGGAUCGUGAACCGAAGAUUUACUCCCGAUCUUCAUAACCCAAAUGCUUUUCCUUUCAAGAGUCUGGCGUCCGAGCUAAAGCGAGCUAUGGAUGAACUUUUCUACCUUGGAAAGCUGUCGGACGACUACAAUCACACGCAAGUUAUAAGCUUUCGUGAAGGUUUGGUCGUACAGACGCGGCUAACGUUCAAUAGACGCGUUUCGUUAGCAGAAGUCAGUAAGGCCUUCUAUGGCGUGCUACGCCAGGAUCAUGGGCAUUUACCCACGGGCUUUCAGGUCGAUGUUCGCUCUCUCAAAUUCUCAGUGGUGCGCCAGGCAGGUUCUAUGACGGUAUUUCCCACGUCGACGUCACAGCCUUCUGCACACUGGUCGGCUUGGUCAGCAUGGUCAUCAUGCACUCGGACUGAUCAGAUCUGCGUCCGAUCGAGACGGCGAACAUGUCUCGCACAGCGAGCCGGGGACUUAUGUCCCGGAGGAAAAGAAGUCGAGUUUGAGGAGUGUCGCUGUCCGCCAGAAAAUGCACAGCCCUCGGGGGCAAACAAAACCAAGACUCCCGCCCCACCUCCACCACCGCCCAGCGAUAUACCUAAACCACAGCCGCCGAUUCUUCCAGAGGCGGCUCACAAGAGCGCAGCCGCUACUGCUACGGGCGGCACCGGCACGAAUGGCGACCUUCCAAAUGAAAGUUGCCACGUAGACGAGUGGAAGUGCGGGAAUGGCCAGUGUAUCCCCGACACGAACCGGUGUGACGGACACACGAACUGCUACGAUUCGAGCGACGAGCGCGAUUGCGAGUGCGCCGGCCUCGAGUCGGGGACACACUUCCGCUGUGGCAACGCCACCUCGUGCCUGCCCGUCGGCAAACGUUGCGAUGGCGUCGUCGACUGUUGGGACGAUUCCGACGAAGAAAACUGCCUAUGUCCGCCUGACCAACAUCGAUGCGAGUUGGCCGGCACCUGCAUCCCCCGAACAUUCUUCUGCGACGGAUUUGCUGACUGUCCCAGCGGUGAUCGCAGUGACGAACCGCCUAACUGCGACGCCUUCUGCGCCGGGGAUAACUUUCGCCAGUGCGCCAAUGGACGCUGUGUACCCAAGGAGGUUUGGUGUGACGGUUACGAUUCCUGUGGUGAUGGAUCAGAUGAAAAGGACUGCUGAAACAAGAAAAAGAGUUCACUAAAUUAAGAGGAAUGUAAAAAUAUCUGUGGGCAAAAAUUGACUGCAUUGUUCUGUUGGGCUCGGGUGGCCCGAAUUCAACGUUCGGCUUUAUCAUCGCCGUAGCAACCUCAACAGGGGGCUAGAAGCAUUACAGUGACAACGGCGAAGGCCUACAUAAAUGGUGUUACUAUCUUGACAACGUUACUUUUUCGUCGAUCUUAAAAGUUUUAAAUAUAGGACUGCAGGAAACGGUUCGAAGCAGAAACGGCGAAGCUGGCUCGAAAGCCGGCCGCCUGGCGCAAGCUGAACUGGCACAGAGAGGGAUCGUAAGGGCUGUAUGUGUAUUAAUAUCCCGAACAAGGUGAAGAACAGGACGAAAAGGACAACAAGAUUUAAGAACGAAAAGAUACCGAUGCCGUAUAGAAAACACAAGGUAUGCGCUAAACAACUCUAGUGCAUAAAGGAUACGAUGAUUAUGGUGUUUUUACUGAAAAUAAGUGCAGAUAAAUGCCAGGAACAAUCGAAAUGAAGCAAAUAGUGGAAAUGAGCACAAAGGCGGGUGCAGGGCACCAGUCGGGCUCCGAAGCAGGAGGGAGCUAUAGUCGUUGUAUAUAUUGUUGUGAUACUAUGGAAGACAGAAGAUAAAUCACUAGGCUGGCAGGCAUAGGCAGAGUGCAGGAGACUAAAAAUAGGCGGCGCGGGCAUGGCAGAUACGCGGAUAGCCACACAUCCACAGCGAUAAACGACCAUAGAGAUGAUAAUGACAACCACGUGUUGACUAGAGAAAAAGAAGAGGACCAUGAAAUUCAGCAAACAGACGUUAAGCAAAUACCUAAAGGAUACGUCAAGAUCAUUGAACAGACAGUAAUUACUAAUAACAAAUCUUAAAGUCGAGAGACCAUGAAGGAGUAUCGCAAGUAUCAAGGAGAGAGAUUAAGUUCGAUCGGUCAGAAGCAAGCGGAGAUAUGGCGACCAUUCGUAGACGACUAAAUGCCAGUGACACUACCACGUUAAAGAAAAUGAAACAUAAGGAAUAAUCAUAAUAUAAUGAAGGAAAAUGAAAUGAUGCGUUCUCGAGGGUACCGUUCGGACGGUUGCCGAUCAUGCGACCAUGUUCCGUAUGGUGAUCGCGCAGUUGCCAACGCGCAGUCUCCAGUAUUUAUUACAAUGAUAAUUGUCGUUAUUAUUACUUAUUAUCUUGCUAUAAUAAGAAGGAGAGGAAAGGGCAAAGAACAAGAUGAAAGACGAUUAUUAAAGAAAUUCUUUUGUUUAUUUAUUGUUCCUAGUCGAAUCUCGAUGGCCGUACUACAAACAUAUAUAUAUAUAUAUAUAUACGGCCUAGAUCCGGCUCUUCGGGUUUGUUCUGUAGAUUUUGUACAUAAACACAGAAAAAGAAACUAAGGGGAAAGAAGGUACGAGAACAUCUGAAUACAUUGCUUUCGAAAAGCUUUCGUGAAGUUGAAAAAUAAAAUUAGUGCAGAGAUCGAGUAAAGCAUACGUUUUAUAAACAUGCCAGAGACAACAAGAGUGUAAAUGACUAAGAGAUUUAGACAAAGAAACAAAACAGAUAAUUGGGACCUUCCUGUAUGUACUUAAGUCUGUCACUUGACUCAGCCAGCUGAAGAAAAAAUGAAGAAAUGCGCACAUUGAACUUACAAGAAGUUCAAUGUGCGCAUUUCUGGGUUUCCUCAAGCGCGCAUAUUUUCGAUUCGAGUCACCAUUGACUUCACCCGCCCGCGACGUUCGAUCUUGGAGCACUUUGAGAAACAUUUCGGGCGUUCUAAACUAACGAGCGCACUCGAUAGAAUGUAAAAAUGUCGUUAUUUUUGUUUCUAUGAGGUAAACAGUUCCUUAAGGGUUUUCUGUGGUUUGGCCAGCUGAAAGAAAGGAGAGAU